AUGUUAAGAAUCUUGUCAAAUCUUACGUAUAUAACGUUGCAGCUUGCCGUUAGCACAAGUAUUAUUUUUGUCACAAAUAUCACAUUAUUUACGGCAGUCAAUAAUAUUACAGUUGAUGCAUUUAGAUGCCAUAAUUGUUAUAAAUGGAACGUAUUUAGGGUGUGGAUCUACACACCAGAACCAUUAUCAAAGCGCUUUUGCACUACUAGGGCGGGCAAGACCCUCAUUAUCCAACGCACUCAAGAAUUAGCUAGUAAAUCCUCCCUCAUAGUACAGCUAAGAUACGACAACUUCAAGGAAUAUCACUCCAACCUCUUAAGAAAUUCGCUUAACAACAAGUUCAAUACACCUCAACUCACAAAAUUAGACCCGAAGUCAGUAGAUUCUAGUGCCAAUGCAAAUGACGCUUCCAACAUAAGUUAUACUAAUGAUGCUUGUCAUAUCGCAAAUAAAGGGCUUGGUGAAAAAAAACUAGUUUUGAAAACGAUAAAAAACACCCUAUUCGAAAUUGCCAUGGCAAACGCUGGUUACAACGUGGAAAAAUAUUCAAUUUCCCUAUCUAACAUGUUCCUCUUUAUACUAGAUUGUAAUAUGGUGCCUCAGAUUAUGAAUUUCCUGUUCAAAUUUAGGAAUGGGAACAAAUUUUUUAGGAAAAACUUAACAAUCACAAAUGCAUGGUUUUCAAACAUCAUGCUCACUCCUGAAAGAGUUGAACAGCUUAGAUACCUUCCACAAUUAAAAGAGGCAUACUGUAAGAUAUCUGGUGUCAUUAGGCUCAUUUAUGCCAAUAUUCCCAGGGCAAUCAACAAUAUCCCCCGGAGGCUUAGUCGGGCACUCAGAUUGUAUAGGGAUACAUUAAAUCCUAGUGCUGUUAGUGAUACUAACUAUAUUGGUGGGGGUGAAUAA